AUGUUCGACAGCUCGCAGUACCCCUACAACUGCUUCAACGACGACGCCGACGGCCCGCCCGGCAGCGCAGACGCUGAGCAGCGGCUCACGCGGCCCGCGUACAGCUACAUCGCGCUGAUCGCCAUGGCCAUCCAGCAGAGCCCGGCGGGCAGGGCGACCCUGUCGGGCAUCUACGACUUCAUCAUGCACCGCUUCCCCUUCUACCGCGCCAACCAGCGCGCCUGGCAGAACUCCAUCCGCCACAACCUGUCGCUCAACAGCUGCUUCGUCAAGGUGCCGCGGGCCGCAGGCCCCGGGAGGGGCAAGGGCAGCUACUGGACGCUGGCGGGCGGCGGCGCGGCGCUGCGGGACCUGUUCGAGGACGGCAACUUCCGGCGGCGGCGCCGGCGGCGCGGGGGGCGCGAGGGACCGCGGGGGCAGGCGGGGGGCGCGGGGGGCGCGGGGGGCUCGGGGGGCGCGGAGGGGCCGUCCUGCGCUCCAAGGUCCUGCGCCCCCGGGUUCCCCGCCCCUCGCGGCGAGUCCCCGCCCGUCGCCAGCCCCGCCCCCGGGAAGGCGCCGCCCCGAGACCUCAAGUUCAGCAUCGACUACAUCCUCUCCUCCCCGGACCCCUUCCUCAGGCCGGGCCCGCCGCGCGGCGAGGAGGGCGCCCCGCCCGCCGACCUCCCCUGCUGGACCCUGUGA